AUGUUGAAAAAUUACUCUUGUUAUGGCAAUGCUAUUUUGGUAAGAUUGCAACUAUGUAAAUGGUCUAUAUGAUAUAAUCUACCUAUCAAGUUUGAAGUUUUGAGAGUUCUCCUUAUUGUGGUAUAAAAUAGUCAACUUGUCUUAAAUGAAGCAUAUGUAAGGGAGCAAAAUGGCACCAAGGGUAAUACUUUUGACUUCGAACAUCUAUAUAUUUAAAUUUAUUUAGUUAUAGUAUAAAUUUACAUAAAGGUGUGAAAUAAUAAUUUUACAUUACUAGAUUGAUGUAGAUCAAAAUAUUGGUAAAAUAUUUUUCCAACUGUUGGUAGAAUCCUAAUGAUUUUAGGAUCAUUUGCAUGCUAUUUUAUUAGUGACCAAGACAAGAGAAUGCUAAACGAUUAUUUUUAUGUAAUCAUUAUUGAGUAAUGUUAUACUAUAUUAUAUAAACAUAAAAAAACACAAUGGGUUUGUUAAUAACUGUCUGGGUUUGUUGGUUGCCACGUGUAAAAUAUUAUAAAUUAUUUCACAUAUCGGAACGGGGGAAGAUUACUUAAUUGGUAUAGUUGAGGAUCGGUCUUCUCUCCAAUGAGACUCCUGCAAGGGCCUCACUAGUAGGCACUUACUAGGCCCCCAUAUGGAGACCGACCUGGAGCAUAUUUUCCAUGUCCAUUGGGCAGAGUCACGUCUCCUCUCUAGACAGAAUAAUUCAAAAUUUUUAUAUCGUCUAUACUUUAAAUACUUACACACACCACACUUAGAAAAGGCCGAAAUCCAGAUGACCCACAAAUGAUGAGGAGAAGGAGAUCCUGCUGGAUCGUCGAAGGAUGUCUCAGAGGGCGCGGGGCUUGGCAACGAUGGUGGAGUGGGUAAGGAUGUGCAUGCUGAACUGGCCACCUUUCUCGGUGGUGUCGAUCUUGUCCUGGCCCGGCGGCGGCAGCAGUUCGAAGUUCUGCACCAGGCGGCCAAUGGUGAUGCCGAGGAUGGGAAGGGCUAGGAUGAUGCCUGGGCAGUUCCGCCGGCCGGCGCCGAAGGGGAGAAAGCGGAAGUCGUUGCCGUUGGCCUCCACCUUGGCCUCCUCCUCCAGGAACCGCUCUGGCCGGAAUUCCUCCGGCUUCUUCCAGUGGUUGGGGUUAUUGGCGAGGAACCAGGCGUUGAUCAGGAUCUUGCUCUCGGCGGGGAUGUCGUAGCCGGCGAGCUUUGCGUCAUGGAGGUUCAUGUGGGGAACGAGGAGGGGGAUGGCCAUGCGAAGGCGGAGAGUCUCCUUGAUGACGGCCUGCAGGUAGGGGAGCUUCGGCAUGUCCGGUUCCGUCACCUGGACACCGGCACCGAGCACGGCAUCGAUCUCGCGGCGGAGCUUCUCCUGGAUCUCUGGGUGGUUCACCAGCUCCGCUAUGCCCCACUCGAUCGACCAGAGGGUCGUCUCGAUCGCUAG